UUUUUUUUUUGAAGGUUUACAUGGUGUUGAAGGGGAACAAAAGCCAUGUUAGACUCUGAUCACCGAUCUGAUUGCUAGAACCGUAGAACGCAUAAAACAAAGUAACUAAUUUCUAUCGGGAAAAAUGAAAGGGAUGGGCCGACAGUAGUAGCAGUAGCAUUGUAGACUUGUAGUCGAUUAUUUGAAGAUUACGGCAAGCGACGGCUGAUGCGGUAGAGAGCGAACACCGAACUCUCUCCUUCCUCUGGCGUUUGCGAGGCCGCCGUCCGCAUCAACGACCGAACGCUCUCCUCCACCACCGUCGCCUCGAACCCCUCCCGCUUCAGCGCCUCCAGACACUCGCCCACACCCGGCCUCACCUCGGUCGCCGCCCACCCCGUCGUCCCCGCCCCCCAAGCCGCCCUCAUCGUCCUCCCCAGCCCCUCCAUCUCCUCCGCGUCGAAGAACACGUCCGACAUCAGCACCACGUCAGCAGCCUCCGCCGCUUCUCCCCACCGCAGCUCCCGCACCUCUACCCGCGCUCCUUGACCGUUGGCGGCGACGCUGGCCCGGAGGCCUUCGAGAAGCUGCCCGACGUCGGUGAGCACCACGCGCGCCGCGCCCAUGGAGGCGGCCAGCAAACCCGGGAGGCCCGUCCCGGCGCCGACCUCCAGGACGGUGGCGCCGGCGAGCUGGGCUCCGCCGCAGGCGGCCAUCCACUCGGCGAGGUAGACGGCGGAGUCCCAGAGCCAUGAGCCGGUGAGGGCGCGGCCCGUGGAGGGGUCGACGGUGCCAUCCCCCUCGUGGAUGAUGAGCUUGUAGCCGGAGAUCUGGACUUCGCGGGAGCCACCCAUACCCAACCUGCCUACGGCCCCAGGACCGCUCGCUCUUAUUAAGGAGCGAGGCUGAAGGGGAAGAGGCUGAAAUUUGUCGGCAAUGGCGUUGGAAGUGCUGGAGGGGUCGGUGCGCAACAUCAUGGAGCAGGAGACGCUCAAGUGGGUCUUCGUCGGUGGGAAGGGCGGCGUCGGAAAAACCACCUCCAGCUCCAUCCUCUCCAUCCUCCUCGCCCAGGUCCGCCAGUCCGUCCUCAUCAUCUCCACCGACCCCGCGCAUAACCUCAGCGACGCCUUCCAGCAGCGCUUCACCAAGGUCCCCACCCUCGUCAACGGAUUCUCCAACCUCUACGCCAUGGAAGUGGAUCCCAAGGUGGAGGACGACGAUUUAUCUGACGAUGGCCUGGAAGGAUUCCUUUCGGAGUUGACUAAUGCGAUCCCUGGAGUCGACGAGGCUAUGAGUUUUGCUGAAAUGCUCAAAUUAGUUCAGACAAUGGAUUACUCGGUUAUAGUAUUUGAUACUGCUCCAACCGGCCAUACUUUACGAUUGUUGCAAUUCCCAUCAACUUUAGAGAAGGGACUUGAAAAAGUUAUGUCUCUGAAGAAUAAGUUUGGUGGCAUGUUUAGCCAGGCUACUCGUCUUUUUGGCCUUGGUGAUGAGUUCAGUGAGGAUGCUUUGCUAGGGAGGCUGGAAGGUAUGAAGGAUGUGAUUGAGCAAGUAAACAACCAAUUUAAGGAUCCAGAUUUGACGACAUUUGUCUGCGUGUGCAUUCCUGAGUUUCUUUCUCUAUAUGAAACCGAGAGGUUGGUGCAAGAACUAGCAAAGUUUGAGAUAGACACCCAUAAUAUCAUCAUCAACCAAGUACUUUUUGACGAAGAAGCUGUUGAAUCGAAAUUGCUAAAAGCACGAAUGAAGAUGCAACAGAAGUAUAUUGACCAAUUCUACAUGCUCUACGACGAUUUCAAUAUCACCAAAUUGCCACUGCUCCCGGAAGAGGUUUGCGGAAUUCAAGCGCUUAGGAAGAUGUCUCAACACUAUGUCGUACCCUAUAAGCCUUCUCUUGCCCGGGGCACCAUCAAAGAAGUUCAGGAGAGAAUAUCUACCUUGAGAUUACAGCUCCAAGAAACGGAGUUAGAGCUAGAGAGGCUGCAAGGGAAAUAGAAUAUGCUCAAUCGUUAGCGCUCUAAAUUUUUCUCCAAGAUCAAUCAAAGUUGUCGAUAGAUCUUUCGCGGCCAAUUUUGCUAAAGCUUGUUACCCUAUGAGAUUCAGGUAUAACUAAACUACACCAGAGUGCUAGGAGAUUUCUACCUUUAAAUUUAUGUUGUUUUACAUAGUUUCAGCGUACACUUGUUUUUAUUUAUCUGAGUUAUUAUUGAUUGAUUGGGAAAAUAAGGAUGAUAAUAAUUGUUUUCAUAUUAUAUUAUGAAAUUGUAUUUCUCCUUUUUGGAUUAUGAUUUGACCAUAUCAAUUAAAUUAAUAGUUAUUAUUAUUAUUGCUAGCAA